CUGGUUCAUUCGUGCCUCUUUUUAUAACCCCCAAAAUUAUAUAAUAAUAUAAAAAUGUAAAUCACAGCUAAAAUAUGCUACCAAAAUGUGGCCGUGAAUGGAAAGACGAUGAAUGAAUAUCAUCCAUAGCCUCUCUCAUAAGUUGCAGCCGAACAAAUCUUCAAUCGAUAUUGAUUGCAAGACGAAUCUGAGGGUUAUUCUCAGCGUCAUCUCAUCAUGUUGGAAGCUCCGAGUUAUCUGGUGUCAAGAGACUUACCAUCUUCAUGUGAGGAAGAGAGCAAGUGGAUAUACAACGCUCACUGCGUGCUUCAGCUCUCCUUGAAGAAGCGCUUCUUGGAUGAUGAAGAAGGAAAUUCUUUCAGGAAAAUGCUACGUGUUGAUGAUCAUCUAAGGAGAGAUGAAACCCAUCAGGGGUCUAACCAAAGUCAGCAAGGUGGUGGUGAUCAACAGAGUUCACCAGUAACAACCCUUGACCAGAACGCACUUCUGAACUGCUUAGCUCACUGUUCUUUAUCUGAUUUCAACUCCAUCGCCUCAACGAACAGAAACUUCCGCUCGCUCACCAAGAACAGCGAGCUCUAUAGGCUGAGACGAGCUAAGGGUAUUGUGGAGCAUUGGAUCUACUUCUCUUGCGUGCUCUUGGAGUGGGAAGCUUAUGAUCCAAACGGAGACCGUUGGCUACGUGUACCCAAAAUGACAUUCAACGAAUGUUUCAUGUGUUCAGACAAAGAAUCUCUUGCUGUCGGUACAGAGCUUCUUGUGUUUGGUAAAGAGAUUAUGUCCCAUGUGAUCUACAAGUACAGCAUCCUGACCAACACAUGGACGUCAGGUAUGCAAAUGAAUGCUCCUAGGUGCUUGUUUGGAUCAGCUAGUCUUGGUGAGAUUGCUGUUGUAGCUGGAGGAUGCGGCCCUCGUGGACAGAUCCUGAACUCUGCUGAGAUUUAUAACUCGGAGACAGGGGAAUGGACCGUGAUUCCAAGCAUGAACAAGGCGAGGAAGAUGUGCUCAAGCGUGUUCAUGGAUGGGAAAUUUUAUGUUCUUGGAGGUAUAGGAGAGGGGAACUCUAAGAUGCUUAGGUGUGGUGAGGUCUAUGAUAUGAAGAAGAGGACAUGGACACUGAUACCUAACAUGUUACCGGAAACAAGUAACGGAGGAGGAGAUCAGGCAAAUGAGAAUGCCUCUGCAGCGGCGGUGUCAGGUGCACCACCGCUUCUAGCUGUUGUGAAAGAUGAGCUUUAUGCUGCAAACUAUGCUCAGCAAGAGGUGAGGAAGUAUGAUAAGAGGUGUAACGUGUGGAACAAAGUUGGGAGUUUACCGGAGAGGGCUUCAUCGAUGAAUGGUUGGGGAAUGGCGUUUAGGGCUUGUGGAGAUCAGUUAGUGGUGGUUGGAGGGCCUAGGGCACUUGGAGGAGGGUUCAUAGAGAUCAAUGCUUGUGUCCCAAAGGAAGGUGAGGCUCUGCAUUGGAGAGUGCUUGCUUCAAAGCCAUCAGGGAGCUUUGUGUAUAAUUGUGCUGUUAUGGGAUGUUGAUGAAAAAAAAAAGACUUGAGAGCCCAUUUCAAAGUUGUUGACUUCUUUUUUAUUCAGGGUUCUUACAUGUUAUUUUUAACACUUUUUUUCAUGAUUGGGGUCAAGAGACAGUCUCUAUGUUUUUUCUUCAUUGUCUUUGUUGGGUUAUUGCUGUUGAGGCAUAAUCUGGAACUGAACAAGUUUCAAUAAAAUUUGAAGAAGAUUUAAGAACAUAACUUAAUGUUGUCUUAUAACAUUGUAA